AAGCCUGUCCAGUCUAGCUCCACAACCAAGGUCCAUCAGAUCCAUGGGUUAGAUUUAACGAGCCAAUCCAAAUCUAAAUGAACCUGGAGAUUGAUUCGUUACAUCAUGAAGAGGGAAGUUAUCAUCAUGGCAGAUACCAUCGAUGCUGCUGCAGAAGAAAUACUAGGUAUUCUUGAGAGUAUGAGCAAACAACUACAAAGUAUCUACUUCGAUGGCUGGUUUCGACUCGGGGCAUCCUCUGCUCUGAGAGUGGUAGCCCAACACCUGAAAUCAUCAGCUGCUCAAGAAAUGAAAUCUGACAAGGUGCUCCAUGUUGAUUGCUCAUUGUGGCAAAGCAUGAGGGCCUUGCAAAAGGCUGUUGCUGAAGAGCUAGAGCUUCCCCAGUCGGUGAUGGCCAUCUUCAAUCAGCACGACGAGGAGGAUGACUUCAAUGGGAUAGACCAAUGCUCCAGAGGGGUGAUAAAAGAUGUCAGAGAGGAGAUCUUCAGAAGGCUUGCUGGCAGUUCAUUUAUUGUGAUUUUUCACAAUGGGAGCAGCCACUACAUUGAUUUAUACGACUGUGGUAUCCCUGUAACAACAUUUUUGAGUAACAAGGUGUUGUGGACCUGGGGCGGGGGCUUUCGGCUACGUGGAAAUCUAAAAGGUUGGGAUUCAAUUGACUUUCAGCGAAAUACUCACAUGGUCCCUUUAGCAGAGCUCGAUCAUGCAUUGCAGGAAGAGGCCGCAGAUGUUGCCAACCGCAUGGGUAUUCUUGAUCCUGACACCAUAGUUGAGUGCUUCCAGUAUGUAUGGAAACAAAGAUGUGCUGGCCAAAUUGACUGGGGGAUGCAUGCUUCAAACUAUUGGGUAUGUGAUGGGAUUAUACAAGGUCAAGGUGGUACAUGCGCAUGGGAGGUUGGUGAUGGUCUGUUUAGAAACAUAAACUUGGAUUGGAUUGAGGAAUAUAAUUACAUUGGUCAUGUUUGCAUUUCCGAUUAUGAUGAUCGCUGGGUUUUAGCCACACAUCAAGACCUGCUACAUGAUGGCAUUGGAGUGUUGCCUCCUGAGGCGACAUCCUUCUUCCUCCUACCAGAAAAAUCCGAGGGUAGGGUGGUAUUACCAGCUGUCAUGUUCCCAUACAACAAUAGGCUUCACGUCUUACAUCUAUCUUGGUGCACCUUCAGUUUUACAUCUCCUCCCUUCCUCUGUUGCCGCCACCUAAGAUUCCUCUUGCUGGACCAUUGCACAGAUAUCAAAGAGGAGAUCCAAAGCAACAGCCAAAACAGAUCAUGCUUCCAAAAGCUAUGGGUGUUUGACCUAAGGUAUACAGACUGGUACUCAAAAACAACGAUGGGUCUAAUGGAUGAACUGAGGGAGCUGAAUGUGGAGAGGGUCAAGGAUUGGAUGAGCAUAGUUGAUAUAUGUGGUAGUAGAAGUAGCCUUGUAAAGUUCCGAGUAGCACCUGACCCGGACAGUCCACAAGAAAUAAUCAUGCACCGGCAACUCACUAACCUGUCCAGUGCCAUCCACCUUAAGACAGUCAUCCUUGAAAAUUGUGUUGGAUUGGAACAAGUUGUCCCAGAUGUUCUGCCCCCACUGGUCGAGUCAUUUAGUUUCAUCCUCACUGAUGCUGCCAUUCCUAAGAUAUCAAGCAUCUCCUUUCGAGGCCUCGGCAAAUUGAAGAGUGUGUUUCUAAGGGGCAUGAUGGAGAAUCUCCUGGAGCUGGACCUCUCAGGCUCAGCAGUGAAGAGCCUCGACCUCAGAGAAGUGGUAGCACUGAACCUCAAGCAGCUCAUCAUGAUGGGUUGUGACAAGCUGAAAGCAAUACAAUGGCCUUCAAGUGACGAAAGGACGAAGAAGUUGGAGGUGUUGCGCAUCGACACCCUCCGACCUGCAUCAUCUGGCCAUGCUAAUUGGGAAGAAAAGGCCAAGGAGACUAGUGGUGCUACAAGAUCAUCAUGUUUUGUUGCAGUUGAGGUAAUGGAUGCAAGGCUCCUUAGGUCUCUAAAGCCCAUCAGAGAAUGUUUCUAUAGGUUUGGAAUUGGACAUAUGGAGAUGUCUUCAUCACCUGCAAGUAGUGUUGUUGGUGGUGGUAGCGAAUGUGGCCAAGGAAUUAGAAAUCCUAAUCAAUAUUUAUACGCAAGAGAUAUCUUCAUUGAGGACCACCUGCAGGCCGUUGCUGCUAAUGAAGGUUUAAUUGAGUGGAUCUGGGAUGGCCCGUCUGACCUUGCUGUUGAUCGAUUCAAGCACUGGUAUGUCCACAUACAAGAUGAAGAGGAGAUGAAAAAUGGGUUGUUGUUGCAGCUGCAGCAGCAACAGGACAGAACCAAAUACAAUAGUAUUGGCGGUGCUUUACUCCCUUUUUGGCUGUGUUACGGAGCUAGGACGUUGCAUGUGCAUGAUAGCUUAUACAACACUAGCAUCCCUUCCACACGAAAUUCACAUUGGCCCCAGCUUGAAGAGUGCCGGGUUGAGAGGUGCCCCAAGCUAAGCUUUGUCUUUGCUACUCCCAUAAAAAGUGAGGAUGGAAGUAAUAAGAGUGAUACAGUUGGACGCUUUCCUCAGUUGACAACAUUUUGGGCAUCCCAACUCUCAAUGGCACGCUACAUCUGGAACUGGAGUACAAUACAACUAUCUGGUGAAGAUUCCUUCCAACACCUAGAAUUCUUGCACCUAGACUAUUGCCCCAGGCUCAUACAUGUGCUCCCCUUAUCCGUGCAUAUGACUACCUUGCGUCACCUAGCGACCUUGGAGGUCGUGUGCUGUGGCGAUCUCAUGGAGAUCUUCCCUUUAGACCCUACUGAGCGCCAAGAGAAGCAAACUAUUAUAAAUUUCCCUGAGCUGAAGCGCAUCCACCUACACGAUCUCCCCAGGCUGCAGCACAUCUGUGGGGGUAAGAUGUUUGCGCCAAAGCUCGAGACUAUCAAAACAAGGGGCUGCUGGAACCUCGGGCGCCUGCCCGCCGUUGCAAGGUCAUGCCCCGAGGUAGACUGUGAGAAGGAAUGGUGGGACAAUUUGCAGUGGGACGAGGGUGACGCAAACCACCACCCUUCACUCUACAAGCUUUGCCACUCGAUGUACUACAAGAAGGCCCAGCUGCCGAGAGGCACCGUGCUAAUGUAAUUCAUCCCUUCAUUGAGUUGAUCUUCAGCUUACUUCAGCGCUACAUGCAUGCCGGCCUACAAAGUUGGAAGAUUUCUCUGUGAUAUAUAGUUGUGUGUAUUUUUCCUACCCAAAAUCAUGUUGCUUGGUUGGUUUUUGUGUGCACUGCAUCUGCAUUGCCAUGGUGUGGCUCUGCGCGUGUAUCAGUCUACAUUGUCAAGGCGGUUAUCAUCUGGUUGGAGAGAUGAUGGUACAUGCUGUGAGCAGAGAGAGGUAAAUAAGAGUGGCAUCCAGCUUAUGCGGUUUGAGCCCCUGACACGCUCAUGCUGCUGCUAUGCUCUCGCUGUGUGGUGUGGCCAGUCUAUGGACUGAUUGCUGUAAAACUGUGACUGUGCGUGUGAUUUUUGCAACAGCUGUGGAUUGUUAUUAACUUGUUGUUUGAGAUUUCUCAUCUGGCAAAGCUUCAAGCUUUUAGGAUUUGUGUUGUUCUGC